AUGGUGAGAAGAGUUGAACUGUUUCGCUGUUUACAAGGGAUAUUUUCUCUAUACAAGCCCGCUGGGCAGGACGUAUUGAAAUUUCAGAGACGGGUAGCACAGAAAAUUGCCAAUGAAUUUAACAGGCUCCCUUGGGAGGCGGUUCGGCUCCGUACAAAUGUCGUAGUAAAAAAUAACAUUGCCUCACCCCCUUCGAUUUCAACAGAGCUUGAUUUUCUGGACAAUCCUCUGGUUGUCGGUAGACGUUUUGUCCAUGGCGAUAUUGUUCUUAACCUUAUUGAUCCAUUACCUGAUUAUGGGUCAGGUAUCCAAUUGAUUGGGGUAGGGGAAUUUGGUGCAUAUGAUCUUGCAGAUGUAUUAUACAAACAAUGUUUCCCGAAAUCUUACCAUCUUACUGGAAUGCUGGGUCAGGCUUCUUCAAAUGGUUUGUCUACGGGUCCUAUGCUAUACCGGUCGCCUUGGCGUCACAUAACGCGCCCAAAGUUGGAUCGCGUUCUCGCCUCAAUCGAAUUCAAGGCCCGAUCGGCUUCGCUUUUGCAAGCCGGACUUGUGGCAAAUACACAAAGGGCCUACGAGGCUCUCAGCAACCUUGACCGUACUACCAUGGUUCUGAAGCCGCUGGUUGAGCCCUGCGAGUCUCUCCCUUCUGAUCACGUAACCUCUUACUGGGACAGGAGACCAGAGCCUACGCAGCCGCAUUCCCUUCGAGCUAGUCCAGAUCCGAGCUCGCUGCGCCAAUUUCCGCCUUCUCUCCGUGCGAUUCGUUGUAUUAAUUUUGAACCUCCCUUCUUCACCCUGGAAAUCCAGGUGGUUUACGAAACAGACGAAUUCCUAACCGACCUAAUGGUCAAUAUUGGAGCUUUAUUGCGCUCUAGUUGUGUGCUAUCGAGUGCACGACGAGUUCGACACGGGCCUUUCACCACCCGCGAUAGCCUUCUACUCAAGCAAUGCGUUAUUCCGCAAUCCCUUUACGAAAGGUUUGUCCGCCUUCGCUCAGAGCCUCCUGAGAUGGAAUUUGAUAAUGAGGACGAGUACAGACGCCACAUCCUUUCCGAACUCGUUGUAGAUGGUGAAACCAACCUGUUCUCUAACUUGGUCAAGUGUACUCUAUGCGAUAGACUUCGAGAGAUAGUCCAGUCUAACGUGAAAUAA